UUUCAGGCGAGAGAAGCCCCUGAAGGGAAAUAUAUCAUGGGGCGUCCGUAGCGCCCCGCCAGUCAGCCUGGCAGGACCCCGAACCCUGACCAUCACACCUCCGUCCAUUUUAAAUGAGAGCCUUGGAGCUCGAGGGGGUUCCUCAUCUCCCCACUCCAUGUUCUCAGACUUGACCGUCGGCCAUGUUAUUAUCCAACCUCAAAUCCUCACGCUAUGGGCGCGUGGCUGCCCUGGCGGUGCCUUUGUUCGUGUUGGUCUGUCUGUUCUUCUUCACGUGGGACCCACAGCCAGGAAGGUCCUUGCCCCGUCAGCCGACACCACAACCAACACCGGACGCUGUCCCAGCACCCAAGGCUGAUUCAAAAGCCUCCCAAAACACCAUCCCAACCAGCCGGCCAGUGAGUUCGGCGCCCUCGGGCGAUGUCGUGGGUGGGGCAAUCUCCGGCAUCAGUGACAAGGUUUGGCAGUCCGCCAAGACCACCCAUCUCUCCGACGACCAACACGACUGGAUCGACAGCUGGCUCGCAAAGAACCCCUCCUUCCGCUAUGAACUCCUCACCGAUACCUCCGCCGUCACCUUUGUUCGCACCCAUUAUGCCAUGCGACCGGAUAUCAUCGAGGUGUUCGAGACCCUGCCGAUCCCGAUCCUGCGGGCCGAUCUUUUGCGCUACCUGCUCGUGCUCGCCGAGGGGGGGAUCUGGAGUGACCUGGACGUGACGUGCGAUACCCCGGUGGCCGACUGGGUGCCGGCGGAAUACAAAGAUGAUAAGAUUGAGAUGAUCGUGGGACUCGAAUUCGAUUUCGAAUGGCGCGGGGAAGGCACCCAGGUUGCAUCGCAGUUUUGCAACUGGGUCUUUGCCGCCCCGCCGUCAUCCCGGGUGCUCCAGGUGGUGGUCGACGCCGUCGUGGCCAAGAUUAAGGAGAUUGCAGCGUUGAAUCGCGUGCCGAUUCAGGAUCUGACCCUGGAGAUGCUGCCCAUCGAUGUGGUGGAUGUGACGGGGCCGAAGAUUAUGACCAUCGCGGUCCUCGACAGUCUGCACCAGUUGCUGGGUCGGACGGUGGAUGAUCGCGAUUUCCAUGCUAUCAAGAAACCCAAGCUGAUCGGCGACGUUCUCAUCAUGCCGGGGGUGGCGUUUGCAGCCGCGCAGAAUGGAUACCCGCAAGACCAAGGCAAUGCGCUGGUUACGCAUCAUUAUGCAGGGUCGUGGAAGGAAGCGGAUGCGGAGGCCAAGGAGAAGAAGAAGCAGAAGCAGAAUGGCGGCGCAUGAACAUGGAUGUAUGGAUUCUGGAGUCGGCGUUGGGUACAUAUGGACGAAUGUAUGUUAAUACUUGGUGACGAAUCUUGUAUACAUGUUGAUCUUCUUUGAGGUGGCUUGGUUAUUUAGCAAGAUAUGACAUACAGAUUGCAAAGCCAUGCGUUACCAGGGGGGAUCCGGCCCUCUCCGCCAUCACUUGGUUCUAUCCGAUACCAUGUGUUGAAACGAUGAGACUGAACCAAUAGGUGCCUCAGGGAGGUACUGGUAUCGGACGUGAGGACUAGAUCAUAUCCCAUUGACCUUGCUAUCUUGCCCGGCCAACUGGCGUACAUCUGUCCACUACACAGUUCAUACGCUUUUCUCAGCCUCUGACUCGUUCUAAACCGACCCCACGCGCGUUCACUGCUCUCGUAAUAAUCCCCGG